CGUUUUUCAUUUUGUAUAUGAUUGGUAACUUUUCCACGACGCCAAAAUAUGCAAAUGAAGAAAAAAUACUCGUAAACAUAUUCAUAGUUUGUGAUAAAUCAGCAACCCCAAAAACUUCGAAUCGAUAAUGAGAAAAUUUAAUUGAACAAUUACCUACAUAUGUAGUAAACAAAAAUCAGCUGUUUUUGUUGCUUAUGAGAAAGCCCAAAAACUUAGAUUUGAAAACAAUGUUUAUACUACGUUCUAGAUCUUUUAUAAACCUGAAAUUCGUUAGACCUCCAAGCACAUCUUGUCGUUACGUACAGUAUAACCAAGGCCAAUCUCCGGAGCCAAAAAUACGUGAAUACUUUUACUUCAUCGAUCAUGAGGGAAUGCUUUUUUUGGACGAUGCAAAGAUGAAAAACUUCACCAGCUGCUUUAAGGAGAAAGAUUUCCUCAAGUUCUUUUUCAACCGCCUGCGGCUGAACAAAACAAAUAGAUAUGAAAGCGAAUUUCCAUACAUUUCCCUCUGUGGCCGUGAAAGGAAUUUUAUUAGAUGUGAUGACACGCCUGUUGUGUUUACCGAACAACUAAGGAAGGACGACAAGGAGGUGCUCAGCUAUGCGCACUCGGGGCAGGUCCUAACCCUGCCUUACGAACCCCACAAACUGUACAUGGAUCCGCGAACCGGAAGGGUCUAUCAUCCAGCGACGCCACAGGUGGGCGGAAUAGGCCUAGUCCGCUCUAAACUAGCCAUAGAGCUCAGCCAGCACUUUGAGUUCCCGGCUGGCGAGGCUUCCCCCACCCAUUUCCGAUGGAACGGAGAACGAUUGGAGCUGCAGAACGAGUGGGUUUGCAACACUCAGCGGUUUCCCAUGAACGAGGAGUGUAAGUAAUUGUAUAACUUUAAUCGAUUAAAAUUGAGACAACGAUAGGUUAUAACUUACAGAGUA